GGGGCCAUUCUCUCUCAUAGUGCUCGCUUUGACAAACGUCUCUCCACUACAUCGCCAUCAUGGCCUCGCUCAAGGUCUCCAAUGACGCCGCCGGCGAUGCCCAUGUGAAGCCUCUCCCACGGCCCGAAAUGUCAGACGAUCCUCCCCGCUUCAUCAUCAUUGGCGCCGGUGCUCGAGGAAUUGGCUAUGCGAGAGGCAUUGACAUCGCCAGCAACGGCGUAGUGGCCGCCGUGGCAGAUCCGGACAAGUAUCGACGAGAGACGCUCGGCAAGCAGCACAUCUGGGGCAGCAACGGCCCCGGCCAAGGCCAGAUGUUCUCAGACUGGCGAGACUUUGUCGAGUAUGAGCAGGAGCGGCGCCAGAGAGUAGCCAAUGGCGAAAAGGACGUCCCCAAGGGCGUCGACGGCGCUUUUGUCUGUGUCCAAGACCAGAUGCACCGGGAGGUCGUUGUCGGCCUGGCUCCGCUGGGCAUUCACAUCAUGUGCGAGAAGCCGCUUGCGCCGUCUCUGCAGGACUGUCUCGACAUAUACAAGUCUCUCAAGCCGCAGCUCGCAUCCAACAUCUUCUCCAUUGGCCAUGUGCUGCGAUACAGCCCGCACAACAUGAUGCUGCGGAAGCUGCUGGUGGAAGACCAAAUCAUCGGCGACAUCAACAGCGUCGUCCACACAGAGCCCGUUGGCUGGUGGCACUUUACGCACUCGUACGUGCGAGGAAACUGGAGAAACUCAAAGACUUCGGCGCCGUCGCUGCUGGCCAAGUGCUGCCACGAUAUCGAUCUGAUCCUGUGGCUGCUCUGCUCCCCGGAAAAGGCCGGAGAGGGCGAGCCUCAUCUCCCCAACUAUGUAUCGUCGACUGGCGGGUUGCAGUUUUUCAAAAAGAGCCGCAAGCCCGCCGCCGCGGGAUCUGCUACAAACUGCAUGACUUGCCCCCUCGGCGAUUCUGGCUGCAAAUAUUCUGCCAAGAAUGUAUAUCUCAGUGCCAACUGCGAGGGAGUUGGCACCGGCAACACAGAUUGGCCAAUGACCACCGUCGUGCACGACAUUGAAGACUUUAAAACGCUCGACGAGCGCAAACAGGCCGUCAUCAAGGUCCUCGAAGAAGACUAUGACGAGUCAACCCCGGAAGAAGUGGUCAGCUCGCGCAACUGGUUCGGCCGCUGCGUCUUUGAGUCCGACAACAACGUGUGCGACGACCAGUUUGUCACCAUUACAUGGCCCGAGUCCAUCAAGCCCGCCAAGCGCGUCACCAUCCAGAUGGUGGCCCAGACCAAGAAGCAAUGCGACCGCUUCUCCUACUUUUACGGCGAGCACGGCGAAAUCUACACCGAUUCCGAAAAGAUCAUCGUGCAAGACUUUGACACCAAGGAGACAAAGGUCUACACGCCGCACGCGGAGCACAAGGGCCACGGCGGCGGCGACUUGGGCCUCACGAGACAGUUCGUCUUGGCGUGUGACCGGGUGAAGAAUCACGGGUGGGAGGCUGAAAAGGCGCAGAAUGAGUUUGUGGGGUGCACGCUCGAGGAGGUGAUUCGCAGUCACGCAAUGGUGUUUGCUGCGGAAGAGGCUCGCGAGAAGAACAUUGUGGUAAACUGGCCCCAGUGGUGGGACAAGGUCACAAAGGAGUAGGCCAGAGCUGGUUUGUUGACUUGCAAUCCCUUUUUCCUCCCAAGUACCCCAUUUAAAAGGGUAUACAUGACGGUUGUACUUGAAAAUGAUUUGAUAAACACACAAAUAUAUCCAUAUUCACUAAAGGCGCUUCAUUAUACUCUGAUCCAACAAAUAUUUCCAUCGCAAUGUUCAAUCAAAAACUUUGAAAGAGAUUGUCUUUGGCUUGCAGUUUCUAUCCAUAAACAAGAGAAAACGAAAUCAGCCGCUCCUUUAUCAUGCACAUCCCAUGAAUCAUAUACCAUUCAUCUAAUGACCACCACCCAGCUCUGCCCUGUUCGUCUCUGCCCCAAGGGGACUCGUCGUGGGCAGCUCGGUUGCAACCGCCUCGCCCUCCUUGAAAACACCCGGAGAAGGAGUCGUAUGCACCGGAGAUGUGCUCGCCGUCUGCGCCGGGUAAUUGUAAUUAUACUGCUGCUGCUGAGGAGGAUACUGUCCCUGAAACUGCUGCGGGUAGUAGCCUUGCUGCUGCAUUGG